AUAACUUUUACAGUAGAAGAGAAAGAUGCAGAAGAGAGCUAGAAUAAAACUGGUGUCCUGAACAUUUGCUUCAUCAAGGUAAAAAAAAAAAAGAAGAUAUGGAAAGUGUACUAAAGUGGAUGGAGAAGCUGUUGUUUCUGCUGGCUCUGAUCUAUGGCUGUUAUGGUGAAUAUCAAGAUCUCUCAGGGAAAAAGUUCAUCAUCCCAGAUGAGGCAAGCAACUCAUUUGUAAAACUCUCUGCCAACGUCUCAAAGCCUGUUAUUGCUAUGACCAUGUGUCAGAGGUUCUUCACUGAGAUACACCGAGACCAGUCCCUUUUUUCUCUAGCAACCCCCUCUGAUUCCAAAGAUAUCAAUCUGUGUUUCCAAUCAACUGGUGGGUAUAAACUGAAUAUCAGAGGAGAUUCUGUUACUAUCAAAGGGUUGCCGGAAAAUAGAAAUGCAUGGAUCUCUUUUUGUGGCACAUGGGACUCUAAAACUGGUCUCACCCAGAUGUGGGCGAAUGGGAGACGAAGUACAUCAAAGAUUCUUAAGCCAAAUGGCCCUAUAAAUGGAAAACCAAUGAUAAUCUUAGGUCAAAACCAAGGCAGUUAUAGUGGAGGUUUUGUAGCAUCACAAUCCUUUGUGGGGGAUGUUACCGAUGUCCACUUCUGGGACAGUGUCAUCUCUCCCUGCCAAAUCAAAUUGUAUAUGCUGGGGAAAAACUUUACUCCAGGAAAUAUUCUCAACUGGAAAGCAUUGGAGUUCACUACUGGGGGAAAGGUGUUCAAGGAAAUAAGUGACUUUAACUGUUAGCAAACCAAGAGCAAUAAUUUUUGCCCAGGUAUUGAUAAUGUGUUACAUAUUAUGAUGAGAGUAAUCAUAAUACAUUUUCGGUUCAUGAAAGCUUUCACUCUAAAAGCUCUAUUACGAAUCAAUAUCCCAUCUUUUUAUGUUCCUGAGUAUUCAAUGAAUAUGUUUGAUGCCAGAAAGAAAAUAAAAGAAGCUCUGAAAAGAAUAGUGCAAUAAAGUUUCAAUAACUUCUCAUAAAUAUUUGUAUUUUCAUUUAGCGUUUGUUUGCAGAUGACCUCUGAGUAGUGCAAAGUGUUAUUUUCAGAGGAGAAUGAAACCGAAAAAGCAGGAUGUCUUUAUUGAUAUUUUUCCAGUGUGUGUGUGUGUGUGUGUGCACAGGUCGUUGUGUAAAUAGAGAUGAAUGACUUUGCUGGCCAAUUGCAACCACCAGGCAGAACCACAUGCAGCUCUGUAUUAGCGCUGGAUUCCUUAAAACGCUUCUCACGGGAAAUUGCAUCCACCUGCGUGUUGAAACAAACUUGCAUGUAACUAAAAACCCACAAGAAUAAACCAGCAGAUCAGUUGA